CUGCCGGCAGUUUUCCCGACCUGUGUACGCGAUGGUUGGUUCGGUUCAGCCUGACAGCUUCGAUACCCUCCACUCCUAUACCAACACUUUCCAGAUGCCAUUCGUCACUCCCUGGUUCCCGGAGAAUGUGCCCAAUCCAUCGUCCGGCCUGAUGGAUUACGCGACCAGCAUGCGACCAGAGUACCAUCAAGCGAUUAUUGAUCUUAUCCACUACUACGGUUGGGAUCAUAUUAUUUACCUCUACGAUUCCCAUGAUGGUCUUCUGCGCCUUCAGGAGAUCUUUCAGUCCCUCCGUCCCGCCCGCGCCUCCUUCCAAAUCCAGGUGGUGAGGCGCGUGGAGUCCGCUUUGGACGCCCUCAACUUUCUCAAAGGCGUGGAGAAAAAUAACAGGUGGUCUAAGAAGUUUGUGGUGCUGGAUUGCGGGACUGAAAUGGCCAAGAACCUAAUUAUCGGACACGUGAGGGAUGUGCAGAUGGGUCGACGCAACUACCACUACCUCCUCUCCGGCCUGGUGAUGGAUGAAAGGUGGGAAGAGGAUGUGAAGGAGUUUGGCGCUGUCAACAUCACGGGUUUCAGAAUUGUCGACACCACCAGGCCCUACGUGAGGGACUUUCUCAUGAACUGGAUGACUCUCGACACCAACCUCUUCCCCGGGGCUGGCAGCAACUACAUCUCCGCACAGUCGGCGCUGAUCUACGACGCCGUGACCGUUGUGGCGGAGGCCCUCACGAAACUCAAACGCAAGAAGUUGGAUGCCUUCGGGGAAAGCACGGGUCUGAGUGCGCCUCGCGGGAUGGGAUGCGACACCACGGACAGCGACCAGAGCGUUUGGGAGCACGGCGAGAAGAUUACACGAUUCAUGAGAAAGGUGGAGAUGGAAGGCCUCACUGGGAACAUCAGCUUCACGGACGAGGGCAAGAGGAGGGAUUACUCUCUGGACGUGGUGGAGAUGACCUACAACAGCGAGACCAUCAAAAUCGGCACCUGGACAGAUUCUGGAGGCUUCAGCACAGUGCCAAUCAAGUACACACGUCCUGUCUCGCACCGCAUCCUGACCAACAAGACGUACAUUGUCACCUCCAUACUGGAGAAGCCGUUCCUGAUGCUAAAGAAGGACACCAAUGCUACAGGGAACGGCCGCUUUGAAGGAUACGCUAAGGAUCUCGCUGACCUCGUGGCCUCCUACCUCAACGUUAACUACACGCUCCAGGUUGUGAAGGACCAGACGUACGGAGCCAUGGACGAGUCGAAAGAGGGAGGCUGGAAUGGCAUGGUUGGCGAGCUGGUUAGGAAGGAAGCUGACAUUGCCAUCGCGCCCCUGACCAUCACGUCGUCCAGGGAGCGAGUGAUAGACUUUACCAAGCCCUUCAUGACUCUGGGCAUCUCCAUCAUGAUCAAGAAGCCCGUGAAGGAGAAACCAGGCGUGUUCAGCUUCAUGUCGCCGCUGUCACAGGAGAUCUGGACCUGUGUCGUCUUCGCCUACUUCGGAGUGUCCAUUGUUCUCUUCCUCGUCAGUAGAUUCAGCCCAUACGAGUGGAAGGUUAUCGAGACGUGCACCAAGUCGAGCGUCACCAAUGACUUCACCAUCUGCAACAGUCUGUGGUUCUCCCUUGGCUCCUUCAUGCACCAGGGGAUCGAUCUGUGUCCCAGGUCGCUCUCGGGCCGCAUCGUGGGCAGCGCGUGGUGGUUCUUCACACUCAUCAUCAUUUCGUCCUACACGGCUAACCUGGCAGCCUUCCUCACCGUGGAGCGCAUGGUGACGCCCAUCAAGAGUGUGGACGACCUGGCCAAGCAGACCGAGGUGGAGUACGGCACGCGGGAAGGCGGCUCGUCCAAGGAGUUCUUCGAGCGCUCCAAGAUCAGCGUGUACAGUCGCAUGUGGGAGUUCAUGUCAUCACGCAGGCACGUGUUCACCUCCAGCUACGCAGAAGGGAUCGAGAGAGUCAGGACGUCGAAGGGGAAAUACGCCUUCCUGCUGGAGAGUGUCAAGAAUGAUUACGUGAACGAGCAGCUGCCGUGUGACACCAUGAAGAUCGGGCAGAACCUCAACUCCAAUGGAUACGGAGUCGCCACACCCAUAGGCUCGCCGCUCAAGGAGAGGCUCAACUUAGCCAUUCUCAGCCUGAAGGAGAGCGGGGACCUGGCCAGACUGAAGAACAAGUGGUGGUACGACAGGUCGGAGUGCUCAAAAGAUACACUGACGGCGCAAACAAACGCCCUCACGCUCAGUAAUGUGGCAGGCAUCUUCUACAUCCUGACGGGGGGCCUCGUGCUGUCCAUGGUGGUGGCCCUCAUGGAGUUUUGCUACAAGUCUAAAAUGGACGCCACUCGUGCUAAGCUGAGUCUGACGGACGCCAUGAAGGCCAAGGCGCGCCUGUCCAUCACGGGAGGGAAGGACUUGGAUAAUGGACGAGUGCCCACUGACCACACCCUCCUCCCCUGCCCCCCACAGUUCUACGCCCCCCGCCAGCCAGAUCCUGGACGGCGACGCACUGCACCC